AUGUCUAGUAAUCCGACUGUAACUCUAUAUCCAUUAGUGAACUAUACGUUUGGCACGAAAGAAGCACAACCAGAGGAAGAUCCUUCAGUAGCAGCGCGUUUACAGCGAUUACAAAAUGAUUACGAGAUGACUGGCAUGCGAAGGACCGUAGAAGGUGUGCUUGUGGUUCACGAACAUAAUCAUCCCCAUGUGCUGAUGUUACAAAUCGCCAACUCUUUUUUUAAAUUGCCUGGUGAUUAUCUUAAACCGGGAGAAGAUGAGAUUGAAGGACUUCAAGCCAGAUUGGACGAGCGGUUAGCUCCAGUUACUAGCACAUAUAAUAGCAAUAAUACUUCAAGUCAUCAGGAUUGGCAAAUCGGCGAGUGUCUAAGUGUUUGGUGGCGACCAAAUUUUGAAACUUUCAUGUAUCCGUAUAUACCAGCACACGUUACAAAACCCAAAGAACAGAAGAAGAUAUUUUUAGUUCACCUUCCAGAACAGAAAAUAUUAUCUGUUCCUAAGAAUAUGAAGUUACUUGCGGUGCCACUUUUCGAAUUGUAUGAUAACGCGCAACGUUAUGGACCUCAAUUAUCUGCAAUUCCACAUUUGUUGAGCAGAUUUAACUUCAUUUAUGAAAAAUAA